AUGGCGGAGAAAGGUUAAGGGUGCUUGGUUGGGGAUUGGCGAGGACUAGAGCCUUGGGUAUCAUAUCUCUCCUGUGUUGUAUAUAUAGUGACGCUGCGUUUCUCUCUCCGAGGGAGCGUCUAGCAACUGCCGGUAAGACUCUCUGAUCUCAUUUCACUUUGGCACACCCGUCGCACAAACGCCGUCAUGUCACAUCUAGACGCUGCUCCACCAAAUACUCACGCUGGCGGUAAUGACGAUGCUUUGGAGACCAAGGGUGCAAACCCUAUGGUCGCACCGUACCACAGUGGGGAUGUUACUGAUGAGAGAAUCGAUAUGACGGCCUACGAGAACAGCGUCCCGCGGUGGAAGAGGAUCUAUCAGAACAGUUUUACACAGAUGGUAUUGCUUAGUAUACAGGCAUUCUGUGGUCCGGCUAUGGCUGAUGCCAUUGCUGGCCUUGGUGGAGGAGGUUUGGCUACCCCACAAACUUCUAACAUUGCUGUUGCUAUCAACUAUGCCAUGCUUGCACUCGUGUGUCUCUGCGGUGGUCCCAUUGUCAACAAAUUGGGAACGAAAUGGGCUUUGGUAAUCGGAGCAAUGUCCUUCCCUAUCCGAGGGUCAUCAUACUAUGUCAAUAGUAAAUUCGGCGUCCAGUGGUACUUGAUUCUCGGCGGCUUCUUCACUGGAAUCGGUUCUGGGGCAUGGUAUGUCGCCGAGUCCGGCUCGAUCAUGAGCCUGGCACCAUCCGGGUCUCGAGGAAAGUAUUUGGCUUUCUGGAUUGUGGCACGCAACCUUGGUCAGCUUGUUGGUGGUGCAAUCAAUCUGUCAAAGAACCACAAGAAGGGAGCUGUCGGCGGCGUGAGCCCCGAUACGUAUGUUGCUUUCUUGAUAAUCGAAUGCAUGGCUCUUCCAUUCGCGUUCCUCAUCUCACCGCUCGACCGAGUCGUCCGAUCCGAUGGAACCCGCAUCCUCAUGUCUGAGAAAUUGUCGACCAAACAAGAAUUCAAGCGUAUUCGGUUCACAAUGACUUCUAAACUCAUUGUACUGUCCGCGCUCUGGGCCAUCUGGUCUUUCUUCUAUUCCGGUACAUGGUCCACAUAUCUUGGAACAUACUUCUCUGUUCGUGCUCGGGCGCUUUCCUCACUAAUCUCUCCAUUCUUCUGUAUCGUUGGAUGCUUUGGCCUUGGCUUCAUUCUCGAUAUGAAAAACAUGAGCCAGCGACGCCGAGCCCAGAUAGGCCUUUUCACUGUAGUGAUCCUGAAUCUCGGUGUAUACAUCUGGUCCAUCGUCAUGCAGGUCCGCUUUAACGAGCACAAACCUGGCAAGAUCGACUGGGACGAUUCGCUCUAUGCGAAAUCCUUCCUUCCAUACUUCUUCGUCCAAACUACCGGUCCUCUCUCACAAUCGUACAUGUAUUGGCUCCUGUCCUCCUUCGCCACGGACGCACAGUCAAACGUCCGAAAUGGCGCUGCUUUCCGCUGUCUCGAGGCCGUCGGUCAGGCCAUUUCUUAUGGAAUGAAUACGCAGAUCAAAACCAGCCCACUGAUCGGAUUCUGUGUAACGUUCGGUUUGAUGGGUGCGGCGCUUUAUCCCAUGUUAGUCCUAGUCAAUCAAACUCCAGACCGCAUUCCAGCAGAUGUAAUCGCCGAGGAGCAGGAGGCCGCCGAGGGCAAAGGUGUGGGAAGGACGGUAGUUGACGCCGAUACUAAAGGCGCUUGAUCUGCCUAUCUGAAUGUUUCCAGAGUGGUGGGAUCUAGCCAUGUGGUCUGUCCUGCAAAUUCUGCGUUGUGGAAGUUCUCUACAGAUCCUAGACCGCUAUCAAUAUUCAACCUCCAACUGUCACGUAUUGUACCGAAAUAGAAGUAGCCAUGUGAUGUCAUGGGGAGACCAUAAUAUACUCUGCUUCCUCGAUACCCUGCAUAUGCUCUUGUGGAGUGUUCGAGGGCAUGCUGAAGUCCAGCCACUAGAGAAAAAUUGGCCGCAUCAUAGAACAUG